AUGAGGGCCUGCCAUCGUCUCCCCCGGACCGUGCAUUUCCAGCAGGUCCGCGGCUUCCACCAGACGAGACCUGCUCCAUUCAUAAACGAAGUGUUAGAUGGCGCGUCAGCCUUCGUCCAUGGCGUACACUCCGCCAGCCAUCUGCCUUGGGUACUGUCUCUCCCAUUGACCGCCUUUCUGGUUCGAAUGACAGUGGCAUUGCCGCUACAGAUUUUCACCAAAGUUCAAGCUCGUAAGGAUGCUGAUCUGUCUCCGAUACUCAUGGCUUGGCGACAGCACCAUCAGAAACAAGUACGGAGUUCCAAUUCUAAGGAUCUUCUGCCGUCUCAAGUUGGAUCCAUGGUUACGAGGAAUCUCAAAGAGCAGCAUAAAGCCCUCCGUCAACGCUGGGGAGUAUACCGGUUCUGGAAGGCCGCAAAUUUCCUUCAGAUGCCUGUUUGGAUUGCUAUCAUGGAAAGUAUUAGGGCCAUGAGCGGGAAUGACACGGGACUGGUCCCAUAUCUCCUCUCGCGGCUUGAACCGUCAUCUUCAUCAGGAUCUAGCACGCUUCAUCUCGCUGUUGAGCCGUCACUUGCAACAGAAGGUGCCCUCUGGUUUCCAGACCUAUUAGCAGGCGACCCGACGGGCAUCCUCCCAGCGAUACUGACUGUGUCUGUUCUGGUUAAUGUCCGUGCUGGGUGGAAGGCGCCGAAGAUGAAAGAAAUUGCCGAUUUACCGCGUCUGGAGAUGACGAGGCAUCUUUCUACUAUUGGGCUUCGAUUGUUUAUCCAGGCUCUUGCUCUUAACGUCGGCGUGGCGUCUUACUUGUAUGGAAUGCCGACAGCCCUUAUGGUUUAUUGGAUUACCAGCACAAAUACUGCGACCUUGCAAACAUAUCUUCUUCAGAAAUACAUGUUCCCCGCCCCGUCAUUGAAACCUUGGAGACCGGUUUCCAUUGGGAUAUCCUCCGCAGGGACAAAAGUACAAAAGUGA